CAGACAGAAAGUCAAAUUGGUGACUAGUUGAGAAUAUGGUGAUAGAUCUAUCAAUAUUAAAUUAUUUUGAUCAUUAAUUGAAUAGCGAAUAGGUAAUUUGAACUAUUAUCGUUUAGUGCAUCAUUUGUAGUUACCAAAAAUGUCUCACCAAACUGGCAUACAAGCAAACGCAGAGGUCAAGAAGUAUUUUGGUAAAUGCAGAGAUGGAAAAAUAAGAUUUUUAAAAAUCAGCAUAGAAAAUGAACAACUAGUCCUGUCUAAAUACCAUGCCGUCAAGGGUUCCUGGGAACAGGAUUUUGAAAAAUAUGUACCAUCGCUUAUUGUUGAAGACCAGCCUUGCUACAUUCUAUUUCGUUUUGACUCCACAAACUCGUUGGGACAUGAGUGGCUGCUUCUCAGCUGGUCUCCAGACAGCGCCCCGGUGCGGCAGAAGAUGCUCUAUGCUUCGACCAAAGCCACCUUGAAGCAGGAGUUUGGAUCGGCUCAUAUUAAGGAUGAAAUGCAUGCUACUGUCAAGGAAGAAGUGUCACUGUGCGGGUACGCGGCGCACCAGAGCGGCGCCAGCGCGCCCGCGCCGCUCACGCACCGCGAGGAGGCGCUCCAGGAGCUGCAGCUCGCCGACCCUCACGCGCGCUACAGCACUGACUCCAGACAAUCAACCAUGGGUGGAGUAGCUUUCCCAAUCACAGAGGCAGCGGAACAGGGUAUUAUUGAUCUCCAAAGAGGUGCCUACAACUAUUUACAAUUUAGAAUAGAUCUGGAAGAAGAGAAGAUCCACUUGUCGAAGGCGGGGCAGAUAGCGCUGGCGGAGCUGCCGCGGCAGGUGCCGGGCCAGCAGGCGCGCUACCAUCUCUACAUCUUCGCGCACUCUCACGAGGGGGACCACAUGGACUCUGUCGUAUUCAUCUAUUCCAUGCCUGGGUACUCGUGCAGCAUAAAGGAGAGGAUGAUGUACUCAAGCUGUAAAGGACAGUUCUUAGACAAUUUAGAAAAAAUGGGAUUGGAAAUUGCAAAAAGACUUGAAAUUGACGACGGCAAGGAGUUGACUGAAGAAUUCUUAUACGACGAAAUCCAUCCCAAGAGAAAUCUGCACAGACCCGCGUUCGCGAAGCCCAAGGGCCCUCCCAACCGCGGAGCUAAGAGAAUCACUAAAGCACAAUCAGCUCAAUAGACUAAGUUUACAUUAAUAUAUAGGGGUGUUAGUAUCUCGACAACAGAAAUCUGAAUAAUACAAAACAAAUAGAAAUGAAGGAGCGCGAGUUUUUGCGAGUAUGCUAUAUCGUAUACCUAUAGACAUAUUUUUAUGGGAAAUGAACAGCGUCUCUUUGUAUGUAAAGUCAGUUUUUUCUUACGUCUAAACACGUAGACAAUUUACACAAUACUUAUAGUUGAAAAAAAAAUCAAAUAUUUGUUCAAACCUGUAUAAUCUACAUUCUUAUAAUUGUGAAAACUGUGUUAUUACUAAUUGUUUUAGUAGAAAUGAACUAUAUUGAAUAUACGCCAAAUUAGUACAUAAUUUAUGUCAAACGUAUCAGUAUAUUCACUAUUAUGUAAUGUAUUAUCAUGCUCAUUCGCGUGUUAUAAACAUGAAAUAUUCGUAAAAAAUACAGUUUUUAUUAUAAUCAAAGUUGAGAAACAAAAAUAUGUAUAGUUUUAAAACGUCCAUAUGUAUAAGACUGUUCGACGGGUUUAUGAAUAACGAAAAAUAAAUGUGUUUAGAAUUGGUAUCAAUAAACAAGUAACAUACUUAUAUUUUUUAUGGAAUACAAUAUUCUUUAGUAAGUGAAAAUCUGAUAUGAGAUCGACAAACAUUAAUGGACAGUAUUUCUAAAGUGAUAUGUAGUAUUUUUACUAGCACUUGUUUAUUAUCAACACUAUGGAUAUCAUAAAUCAACUAUAUUAUUAGCAAAAUAAUAAUUCUCGUUUAACCAUUAUGUAUUCAAAUUUACACAUAUAAAAGUUACGUUAUAUAUUUUUAAUGUUUUUUCAUGUAUGCUUUAAAAACCAACUAGAAGCGAAGAGGGCGCAUGCAUAUCCACACACUAAAGCAACCAAUACAUUUUUAUCUAUUUCAGAAAAACAAUCCAUGCAGAUUAUGCGACACUAGAUGGGCACAAUAUUAGAAACACUUGACUUUAUUAGUAAGACUUGACUAUAUUAUCAAUACAUACAUUGAAGAAAGGUCUAAUUUGUACAUUGGAUUUUGUUUUUAUUCUUCAUGGAAUAUACUUAGUUACUGAUAUACAUGACGAAAAUAUAGUUUUGGAAAUUUUUGUCUGUCUGUCUAAACGCGCAUCACUCGAAAUCUACUGGACAGAUUUGCUUGAAAUUUGGUAUGUAGGUACCUUAUAUACCGGGCUAAAUUAGAAACAUUUCAUCCCGGUAAUAUCUAAUAAAAUCCUUUGUACAUAUUUAGUGUUAGCUAUAAAAUAAAAGAAAUUCAUAAAAAUGUGGUGUUGGAGCUAGUAUGCAAUGCGCAGCCUUAACUUUGAAAUUUACGUGUUAGCUAAAUAAUUUUGAAUAUAAUUCGUCGUUUUUCGUCUUGCUAAGGUAUUCUUAUCAAUAUAAGUGUUGAAAGUAAUUAUUGCUUAUAUCGUUAAUUUAUGAAUUAAAACUUCUCUUGCCAUGACGAUAUAGAAAAUUGAGAGUACAUCCACUCUUCGUACAUAUUAGUUCAAUUUUAAUUAUUCUCAUUAUUUAUGAACAUACGUCAGUGACAAUCGUUUGGUUAUUUAAAAUAAAAUUUGCUUUUAAUUGGCCAAAUAUGCAUAAUAUAAUAACUAAGUUGUUUAUUUGAACAAUCACAUUGUGAUUGAAACUAAAAAUGGCUAUCGAAGCACAGUUAUAUAUACCAGCUUCGGUAUGAGCUAUACAAGAUCGGAAUGGGCUACUAGGCCAUUCUAUUUUUAUUGCUUUUUAUAAUUUAGCAUCAUCGUCAGAUUGGUAAAUAGUAUUAUGACAAGGCAAUAUCUUCGCUAUUAAUUAAACCACAAUAGGUUUUCUAAAAUGAAUGCACAAAAAUGUUAAAUUUUGUAAAUAUUCGACUUCGUCUAUUUUUAUAUUGUAUCAAUGAAAAUAUUUUUUUCAUGUAGCGUGCAAUGCCAAUAAUAAAGCUUUUUAAAAAAGAAA